GUCGGCUGCUCGAGGCCCAAGGCAGGCAUUGCGAGGACGACACAGGCACACGCUGUGACAGGCAGCAUCCCAGCGAGAGCUGCGCCAGCGUAGCACAAACUCCUGCAGCAUAGGACAUCUCACCAAGGAGAGCCCAGCAGGCAAAAAAAAAGCACAAAAAAAUCCGCAGCGCUCGCGACGAAACGAUGAGCGCCUUCGAGGACCCCUCCAUCAAGUCCGCCGUCGGCGAGCUCGAAGCGGCGGAAGCCUUCUUUAGUAAUGACGACAACGCGUUCGACGACCCCCCUACACAAACGAGGCCAAAACAGUCCAUGAGCGGCGGCUUCGGCAGCGAGCUGCCGCGGUCCGACGGCGUGCCGCCCGUAGCUUUUACGAGUGGCACAUUAGAUGAAACCGUCGGCGAGACGCUCUGGAGGGACGCGAGCCAUGUGGGCGGCAAGCUCCUGCUCGUGCUCAUGCCCUACACGUCGGGGUCCGAGACCAUCGAGCAUCUGAGGGACUGGGAUUUGUGGGGGCCUUUGGUAGUCUCGCUGACGCUCGCGACGUCGCUCGCGACGGGGUCGAGUUAUGCGAAUGCUGCGGUCGUCUUUUCUUUGGUCUUCGUAGUGCUCUGGGUCGGCGCUAUAGUAGUCAGCGUGAACGCCCAGCUGUUGGGAGGGAAGCUGUCCUUACCACAAUCCGUGUGUGUAUUAGGCUACAGCGCGUUUCCCGUCUGUGCCGCUCGCUUAACCAUAGGCGUCGUCGAGACCAUGGUCGGCGUGUCGCGGCUCGUGCGUUUCGUAACGGCGGCGGUGGCGCUGGUCUGGGCGACGCGCGCGUCCGUGCUGUUCGUCGAGGAGGUCAUCCCUUCCAAAAGACGGGCGCUCGCGGUGUACCCGGUCUUCCUCUUCUACUCGUGGCUGAGCUGGAUGGUGGUUGUAGUAUAGACGUAAUUUCUUGUGUCAGUGA